CACUCUGUGUGGGGAAUAUGAGAGCCAGAGCAAAGGUCAGAGGAUCCAUCAGAGACUCAAACCAGAACCAGAACCAGAACCCAGCUGUGUGUCCUUUAAGAGCGACAGGUCAAAGCAUGAUCCUGUUAACUUUAAAUCACCUGGAUCUCCACCAUCAGAGAGGAUCCAUCAGAGACUCAAACCAGAACCAGAACCCAGCUGUGUGUCCUUCAGGAGCGACAGGUCAAAGCAUGAUCCUGUUAACUUUAAAUCUCCUGGAUCUCCACCAUCAGAGAGGAUACAUCAGACACUCAAACCAGAACCAGAACCCAGCUGUGUGUCCUUCAGGAGCAACAGGUCAAAGCAUGAUCCUGUUAACUUUAAAUCUCCUGGAUCUCCACCAUCAGAGAGAGUGGACCAGCUCAACUUAGAGGGUCAUAGAGGUCUGUCUACCCAGCAGCAUCAAACACAGCUGGACUCCAUAUUUAUGCUGCUGGAGGACAACAUUGUCACUUUUGUAAAGAAUGAACUGAAGAAGAUCCAGAAGGUUCUGAGUCCAGAUUACCAAGAAUGCCCAGAGAGUCAGAGACAUGAUGAUGGGGUUUUGGAAGGUGAGAAUGAAGAGCAGAGGAGGAUCAGCAGAGAGGCAGUGAUGAAGAUCACACUGAACUUCCUGAGGAGGAUGAAGCAGGAGGAACUGGCUGACCAUCUGCAGAAACAUCUUGCUGCAGUUUAUCAACAUCAACUUAAGUCUGGUCUGAAGAAGAAGUUCCAGUCUGUGUUUGAGGGAAUUCCUAAAACAGGAUGUCCAACCCUUCUGAACCAGAUCUACACAGAGCUCUACAUCACAGAGGGAGGGGCUGGAGAGGUCAAUGAUGAACAUGAGGUCAGACAGAUUGAAACAGCAUCCAGAAAAUCACACAGACCAGAAACAACAAUCAGACAAGAAGACAUCUUUCAAGUCCCACCUGGAAGAGAUCAACCAACUAGAACAGUGAUGACAAAGGGAGUGGCUGGCAUUGGAAAAACAUUCUUAACACAGAAAUUCACUCUGGGCUGGGCUGAAGACAAAGCCCACCAGAACAUCCAGUUCAUAUUUCCAUUCACUUUCAGAGAGCUGAAUGUGCUGAAGGAGAAAAAGUUCAGCUUGGUGGAACUUGUUCAUCACUUCUUUAGUGAAACCAAAGAAAUCUGCAGCUUUGAACACUUCCAGGUUCUGUUCAUCUUUGAUGGCCUGGAUGAGAGUCGACUUCCUCUGGACUUCCACAACAAGGAGAUCCUGACUGAUGCUACAGAGUCCACCUCAGUGGACGUUCUGCUGACAAACCUCAUCAGGGGGAAACUGCUUCCCUCUGCUCUCCUCUGGAUAACCACACGACCUUCAGCAGCCAAUCAGAUCCCUCCUCAGUGUGUUGGCAUGGUGACAGAGGUCAGAGGGUUCAAUGACCCACAGAAGGAGGAGUACUUCAGGAGGAGAUUCAGAGAUGAGGAGCAGGCCAGCAGGAUCAUCUACCACAUGAAGACAUCACGAAGCCUCCACAUCAUGUGCCACAUCCCAGUCUUCUGCUGGAUCACUGCUACAGUUCUGGAGGGCGUGUUGGACACCAGAGUGGGAGGAGAGCUGCCCAGCACCCUGACUGAGAUGUACAUCCACUUCCUGGUGGUUCAGACCAAAGUGAAGGUCAAGUAUGAUGGAGGAGCUGAAACAGAUCCACACUGGAGUGCAGAAAGCAGGAAGAUGAUCAAAUCUCUGGGUAAACUGGCUUUUUAUCAGCUGCAAAAAGGAAACCUGAUCUUCUAUGAAUCAGACCUGACAGAGUGUGGCAUCGAUAUCAGAGCAGCCUCAGUAUACUCAGGAGUGUUCACACAGAUCUUUAAAGAGGAGAGAGGUCUGUACCAGGACAAGGUGUUCUGCUUCAUCCAUCUGAGUCUUCAGGAGUUUCUGGCUGCUCUUUAUGUUCAUCUGACCUUCAUCAACUCUGGUGUCAACCUGAUGAAAGAAACAGAAAUACCAAAGAUUUCUUCAUUACUUAAUAAACCUAAACUAAAGUCUCUCCAUCAGAGAGCUGUUGACCAGGCUUUACAGAGUCCAAAUGGACACCUGGACUUGUUCCUCCGCUUCCUCUUGGGACUUUCACAGCAGACCAAUCAGAGACUGCUACAAGGUCUGCUAACACAGACAGGAAGUAGCUCACAGACCAAUCAGGAAGCAGUUCAAUACAUCAAGAAGAAGAUCAGUAAAAAUGUGUCUGCAGAGAAAAGCAUCAAUCUGUUCCACUGUCUGAAUGAACUGAAUGAUCGUUCUCUAGUGGAGGAGAUCCAACAGUCUCUGAGUUCAGGAAGUCUCUCCACAGAUAAACUGUCUUCUGCUCAUUGGUCAGCUCUGGUUUUCAUCUUAGUGUCAUCAGGAAAAGAUCUGGAUGUGUUUGACCUGAAGAAAUACUCUGCUUCAGAGGAGGUUCUUCAGAACCUGCUGCCAGUGGUUAAAGCCUCCAACAAAGCUCUACUGAGUGACUGUAACCUCUCAGAGAGAAGCUGUGAAGCUCUGUCCUCAGUUCUCAGCUCCCAGUCCUCCAGUCUCAGAGAACUGGACCUGAGUAACAACAACCUGCAGGAUUCAGGAGUGAAGCUUCUCUCUGCUGGACUGAAGAGUCCAAACUGCAACCUGGAAACUCUCAGCUUAUCAGGCUGUUUGGUCUCAGAGGAAGGCUGUGCUUCUCUGGCCUCAGCUCUGACCUCCAACCCCUCCCAUCUGAAAGAGUUGGACCUGAGCUACAAUCAUCCAGGAGACUCAGGAGUGAAGCUGCUGUCGGCUGGACUGAAGGAUCCACACUGGAGACUGGAAGCUCUCAGGGUGGAGCCUGCUGGAGUCCCAUUCUUGACACCAGGUUCAUGGAGAAUGAGGAAGUAUUCCUGUCAACUCACCAUCGACACAAACACAGUGCACAGAAAACUCAAACUGUCUGGAGACAACAGGAAGGUGACAUGUGAGGAGGAGCUUCAGUCAUAUCCUGAUCAUCCAGACAGAUUUGAUGACUGGUAUCAGCUGCUGUGUAGAACUGGUCUGACUGGUCGCUGUUACUGGGAGGUUGAGUGGAGAGGAAGAGUUGAGAUAUCAGUGAGUUACAGAAAAAUCAGGAGGAAAGGAAACAGUGCAGACUGCGUGUUUGGAUAUAAUAAUCAUUCGUGGAGUCUGAUCUGCUCUGAUGAUGAUGGUUACUCUGUCUGGUACAAUAAAAGAGAAACUCGUCUCUCCUCCUCCUCUGUCUCUGACAGAGUAGCAGUGUAUGUGGACUGUCCUGCUGGCAUUCUGUCCUUCUACAGAGUUUCCUCUGACUCACUGAUCCUCCUCCACACCUUCAACACCACAUUCACUGAACCUCUGAUUCCUGGAUUUGGGUUCUGUUCUCAUGGUUCCUCAGUGUUUCUGUGCUGAGUUGAGUCUAAAGAGUCUAAAGAGUUUUCUCCUGUCAGAGAAAAUUUCUCACUCCUUAAAGAUUCAGUUCAGUCACUACAUGUCUGUUUCAUUCAAAAAUGUGUUUUCAUGAAUCCAAACUGUUUCUUGGUGAAUCUCUUCUAUUGUUCAGAAAUUUCUUCUUGUUCCAGUCUUUUAAUAAGGGAAGCUCGGAUUAUUCCAGGAUUAUUCUAGGAUCGACAUGUUGUUAUUCUGUUUCCAGUCAGAGAUUCACAAUGACUCUGGGGCGUGCUGUAGUGGCGCAGGGGCUUAGCACGCCCCACGUUUGGAGGCCUUAGUCCUCGACGCGGACGUCGCAGGUUCGACUCCUGGUCCCGACGACCUUUGCCGCAUGUCUUCCCCCCUCUCCU